UCUGCCUUUAAUCAGUUUUUUUAAGUCCCAAACUUUCCACUUGGUCUCGGCAGAGGUAUGAGGAUAGUGCAAAGUGGCUUUGAAUGGCAGUUUGUCGGGAGGUAACCCGUCUUCUGGAAAUUCCGAAUGAUGUCAGGCGAGGACAGACUGGUUGCUGGUUGUAAGGUUCAAAAGUGAAAGCACAGAGUGUUAGUGUUAGCUCAGAGGGAGAAUGGUUGCAGAGCUCGAGCAGAACAGAGCACCACCACUAAAUCACGUGUGAGUCUGCAUGGUGACUGAGGCAGCAUGACAUCACAGAGAUUCGUGACAUACAUAUUUGUCACUGUGUCCCUGAGGAUUGUUCAGUCGUUUGGCUGCAACGUAAUAUAUUUCAGCAAGAACAAUUUGAGCGUAGAAAGGCCAGACAUCCCACUUGUGAAAACAAAGGAUCCCAAGGAUAUAAUGGAGUGUACUAUAGAAAGAGCGUGCAUGGAAAAAACGGAAUGCCCAUUAAAUCCCCUAUUUUUGUGCUUUCGGGAUAAAGUGCCGGAUGAACCCAGCAUCACUGAAAAGUGCAAAGGGGAUUUUUCCCAUAAUGUCACUUACCAUCACUUCCUGUGCUUGACGGCCAAGGCUGCCAAUCUUCAUGCAGUAAACUUGAGUCACAUAGGCUGCGAAUACGAUGUCGUCUGCCCUAUCUAUAAACAAAUAAAGUUUGCCGGUCAGACAACAUUUCCACCACCAUCACCAACAACAACAGAACCUACAAUAAUACCACCAAAAACUACAGAAACUACAACAACACCACCAACCAAUACACUGCUAGAAAGAACAACAGUUAUGAGACCUCCAACAACAACAACAACAACAACAACAACAACAAAAACAACAACAACAGCAGUCCCACAGGGCAUUCAUGGCACAAACUCACAGAGUGAAAAACACAUCGGUGAAACAGAAACCUUAUCACUGAAGAUAUUUUUAGUGGUGUCAAUGAUCCUCAAUGUGGUCGUGCCAGUGGCUGUUUACCUGUACAUGCGGCAACAAAGGCGACCAGUGACUCUAACAAAUGAAGCAAAUCUGACUCUAGUAGGAGUUCAUCCAAUGACUGAUAUGAUGUCAAGCGCGCAGAUGCCUUCUACAAAUGAACAAGAUGUAGAGAUGUCACAUUUAAUGCAGAUAAGCUGUGAAAACGUACCUUUGGAAUUCUCUAACCCAUGAACGCUUCAUUUACAGAAGACCUACACCAUAUUUAAUACAGUAAAUAACUGCUUAUAUGUCCAUUUAUAUUCUAGUCUAAUAAUAUAAAAUAAUAUAUGUACCUGCCUUAGAGCUGCAACACAGCAUUUGAUGUGCUAGUGAAUAAUCAUAGAGUAACUUCAUUUUUAGGACCCUCUUGAAACCCUAGUGAUUAUUAUUUUUAUCCUCCUUAUUUUUCUUCCGCCACUUUGCGGCCACUUUUGAAGGCCUGAAUGUGCCCGAAAACUCACCAAACUUUCCACGGCCAUCAGGUCUGGUGAAAAAUUUGGUAUUUUGGUGGCUUCGUAAACGGAGUUCGCAAAAUGGCUCAGUGGCGCCCCCUUGAAAUUUUCAAAAUGGCCUCCCCAUAAAGGUUUUUUUCACGUACACUCAACAAAAUUGGUACGCAUAUUAAGCUAAGCUUUUUGCAUGCAUAAAGUGUGAUUCUAAGCCUUCAUGGUGUUUAAAUAGUCCAUUUGAUUUGUGUUUGUCACAGACCGAAAAGGAAUUGUCACAGUCGCUGGUUUUAUACACACAGUAAGGAUUUAUGUGUAUGUCAUACUGCUUAAUAUGAAUUAUACCGUAUAGACUGAAGGAUGAAAAUAGCUGCCCUAGAGGCACUUGGUUGAGAUACAGCUCAGUGGUUUGAGAUUUUAAGUGAGAUAAUAAUAAUAAUAACUUUAUUUAUAGAUGGGGGAGAUGGAGGCAAGAUAUGAUGCAAAAAAAAGAUGCUACUGAAAUCCAAGGUGUUGAGUGAAGAACAGAGUCUGACACUAGUAAUGAGGCUUGCAGGAAAAGUCAGGGCAAAGUUAGGUUGAAGAAUUCUGCAGCAAUUCACUCUGUAAAUUUUCAUUUUUAUGUUUUGAUAGCUCAUAACUACUGGUCAAUGUUUCUUUUUGUUAUUGUAAAGAACAUAUUUUGUAAUAAAAAAACAUUUAACGCUUGUUAAAAAUGA